CAACAUAUAUGACUUUUGAGAUGUUUAGAUUACUAAAUGUAGGCUAUAUUCAGUUAUCUUUUAGUGGAGUUGUGAGGAGGAUUUCAAAGCCACGCCCCUUUGCUGUUGCGCGAGAGCUGCUUCAGUAUUUGAGCGCGCGGAACGAGGCGCGCGGCUGUUAUUUUCGCGCCACUAGUUUCAGUCAGAAGUUGAGAGGCGGCUGAGGCAGAGUGAGUUCACAUCGCGUUACAGCUUGUGUCAGGAACAAGGUAUUGUUUUAUCGUUUUUUUUUUUUUUUCAGACCAUAGCGUUGUGAGUGCUGCAGGAAACAGUUAUUACCGCUUGUGAGAAUGAGAAUGGACAGCACGGGGCGGUGGGAAUUAAGGACUCUGGACGUUUAGCAACAGCGAAUGUAAACGACAGGACUGUAAACCCGGGACUCUCCGGACAGGAACUCGGCAUACGACAAAUCAUAUGGCUUGAAGUUUCAGACAUCCUUCCUGGUAACAGCUCAUGGAUUUCCUUGCGGAAUAUGGCAUCAAUGAGACCUACCAUGACAACACAAGUGAGGCUUUCAACGGCACGAACGUUGAAGCCAAGUACCAGUACAACUAUUACGCCAUGCUCUUGACGCUGCUCAUCUUCGUCAUUGUCUUCGGCAACGUAUUGGUGUGUAUGGCCGUCUCCCGAGAGAAAGCCCUGCAGACCACCACUAAUUACUUGAUUGUAAGCCUUGCUGUGGCAGAUCUCCUGGUGGCUACAUUGGUUAUGCCCUGGGUGGUGUAUCUAGAGGUGGUGGGCGAGUGGCGCUUCAGUAAAAUACACUGUGACAUUUUUGUCACUCUGGACGUCAUGAUGUGCACGGCCAGCAUUCUUAAUCUGUGUGCAAUUAGUAUUGACAGGUACACAGCUGUUGCCAUGCCACUGUUGUACAACACGCGGUACAGCUCGAAGCGCCGUGUCACUGUUAUGAUCUCGGUGGUUUGGGUUCUGUCCUUUGCCAUCUCCUGCCCCCUGCUGUUUGGGCUAAACAACACAGCGACACGUGAUGAUGCCGUGUGCGAGAUCGCCAACCCGGCGUUUGUGGUGUACUCGUCUAUCAUGUCCUUCUACGUUCCCUUCAUCAUCACACUUCUCGUCUACGUGCAGAUCUACGUGGUGCUGCGCAAGCGUCGGAAAAGAGUGAACACCAAGCGCAGUUGCCAGAGAUCGGACGCUAAGCCUCAGCUUCCUCUCAAGGAAAAGUGCACUCACCCAGAGGAUGUGAAACUCUGCACAGUCAUCGUAAAGACCAACGGGAGCAUGCCUCCCAAAAACAAGAAAACGCUGGUGAUAAAGGAGGUGAUGCCGCAGGACAGCAAUGUGGAGGUGGGCCUCAUGGCCAGCCCGAGUCCUCCAGAAAAGUUGAAGCUGGCACCCGCUACAGCAGGCUCUAUGAUGGCUAGUCAGAGUCAUGCAUCACCCUUGCAAGAUGAAUGGCAGCCCAGUUGCGACGAGAAGAACGGUCAUGCCAAGGAUGCCCAGAUCCCAGCAGGGGCCAAAGCUUUUGAAACACAGACCCUGUCCAAUGGCAAGACACGCACCAAUGUCACUAAGCCCAUGAGCAAGAGAAAGAUCUCACAGCACAAGGAGAAGAAGGCCACGCAGAUGCUUGCCAUCGUUCUGGGUGUUUUCAUCAUAUGCUGGCUGCCCUUCUUCAUCACUCACAUCCUGAAGACCCAUUGUGCUAGCUGCUAUGUGCCUCUGGAAAUGUACAAUGCCUUCACGUGGCUAGGAUAUGUGAACAGCGCUGUGAAUCCCAUCAUAUACACCACUUUCAACGUGGAGUUCCGCAAGGCUUUCAUUAAGAUCCUGCACUGCUGAGUGCGCCUUUGUGUGAGCGUGAGGUUAGUGCCGUGAUUUUCUCUGGCUGAGGUAGCAGACCUUUUUCUUUUUUUUUUGUAACGACAGAAUAAACAUCAUAGACACAGGGGCUUUUCAGCUUGACUCAAAUGAAUGUAAAUCGGGAGGUUUAUUUGGAGCUUUGAAGCCUUGUAGCUUUUAAAAGCCUCUGAAAGAAGCCUCCAGCAAAAAGAGCAAGAGAGAGAGACAGAGAGAGACUGUGUGUGUGUGUGUGUGUGUGUGUGAUGAAUUACACCAUAUCGAAUGGAAGAACUGCAGUAGGGGUCCAAGCACUCAUUGCUGGAGCCCUCUUGAUUUUUUUUCUUGAUCUUCUUCGUUAUUCCUUCCUCUUCUUCUUUUUUUGUGUAAGUACAGUAUGACGGAGCAUAAAAUCUGAACCCUUUCUCCAGCUUGCUUGAAGGGGCUUUGCAAGUAUUCUUACUGACAUUCAUCUUCAGGAGCUCUUGGAGACAUUGACUGUAAAAUGUCGGCUUUGUGCGUGUGGUGAAAUGCAGGAGAAGCACUAACUAGAACACAGAAGUGUUGGUGCGUGCAAGGAUCUCACUAUGGGUCAUACGGUCAGUUUAAUCCAUACCAUCGGAUGGACCUUGGUCAUAGCUUCUGUAUGAACGAUUGGCGUGUCCUCCAAGUUUUUCGUUGACCUAUACCAGUUUAUAUAAUAGAAUCAACACAAAUAGACCACCUCCAGCACCCAAAAGAGUAGUUAAUGCUGAUUAAUAAAACAGUGAUAUCUUGAUAAUGUAGUCUAGUGUGUUGGGAAAGAAAGGGAUGGUUGCUUCUCAACAAACCUCAGCAGCUGAGACGGAAAAAAACGUUUGCCCAUAUGCUUAAUCAGCCAUUAUGUUUAGCUUCAACAGGACUCUACGACUGUAGUCUACCCAUCCACGGUAGAAACUGGAGAGUGUGUGUGUAUAUACAGGGUUGUGCAGUAAGCAGCAGGAUUACUUGAGAGGGCAAAUUUUCAGUUAAAAGUAAGUUGUACGCGUCAUUAAAAUUUUGAUCCUGGCUAUGGUUCGGGUUGGCAUAUGACUUGCACACGUUGCGCAUUUGUGCGUGUGCUAUCUGGGUAUUGAUCUCUUUUUUGUAAUAGAGAAUGAAACAUUUGAUCAAAGCAUUUGAUAUAAUCCUCUUGCAGGGAGUCUGCUGGUCCUUAAAAAUGUCUUCAAAUCCUUAAUGUAAAAAUAAGGUCUUAAUUAGCGUUAAAAUGUCUUAAAUUCACGUCUUAAAAACGUCUUCUUUAAGAAGAUUUAGAUUUGAUUUUCGCUUGUUGCUUUUUGAAAUGGUAAACCCGUAUGACCGUGCAGC